AUGGCAAUGGAAAGAAUUCUUGCUAAUGGUGUAUCACAAAUCUUGAACAAGUUGGUUCCUGUUGUUGCUCAAGAAAUUAGUCUAGCAUGGGGUGUUAAAGAUGAGUUGAAAAAGGUUCAAAGAACAUUAGACAUGAUUCUUGCUGUCAUAACCGAUGCUGAAAGGAGACAAGAGGAGGAGGAAGCUGUGAGACUUUGGUUGAGAUCGCUUAAAGACGUUGCUUUUGACGCUGAUGAUGUGAUGGACGAUUUCACCUACGAAACUCUGCGCCGGGAUGAAAGAGGGAACCACUUGAAGAAUAAGUUACUCGAUUUCGUUUGGUUUUCCAACAACCCACUUGGUUUUUCUUUCAAAAUGGCUGGUAAAGUCAGAAAUAUUAACCGACGAUUAAAUGAAAUUACUGAAAAUAUGAACAAGUUUCAGUUGCAAUCUGCAUCAGUUAAUAAUACUUCUAUGGUUCAUGGUGAGAGUAGUGACCACCGGAGACGUCGGCAAACUGCAUCCGUCAUCAUCCAAUCUGAAGUUGUAGGAAGGAAGGAUGACAAGAACAAGAUCAUAGACAUGAUAACAAAGGCGACUGCAUCAUCAUCAUCGUCAGAUGUCAAUCAAUCUUCGGAAAAGGUUUCUAUAAUCUCUAUUGUGGGGAUGGGUGGACUUGGGAAGACAACCCUUGCUCAACUCGUGUACAAUGACGAGUUGGUAAUUAAACAGUUCGAUCAAAGAAUAUGGGUCUGUGUAUCUACAAAUUUUGAUGUGGAAAACAUCUUCAUAAAAAUUAUGGAAUCCAUCACUCUGGAUAAGUUCGAUAGCGUAUCAAGUUUCGAUCUAUUGGUGAAUAAGGUUCAAGAAAAGCUCCAGGGGAAGAAAUUCUUGCUAGUGCUUGACGACCUGUGGAACGAGAAUGCUCUUCAGUGGGAGAGACUCAAGAAUUCAUUUCAUGUUGGUGCUCAAGGGAGUAAAAUAUUAAUCACUACACGAAACAUCCAGGUUGAAAAUGUUGUGAAGGGGAGCGAUCGUCCAUACCAAUUGAAAAAAUUACAAGAAGAUGAGUGUUGGUCUAUUAUAGAGAAAAAAGCAUUUUCUCCCGGUGGAGCAUUGAAGACCCCAAACAUGACAAACAUUGGGAAAGAGAUAGCAAACAAGUGUAGUGGUUUAUCACUUGCAGCGAAAUUCCUUGGAAGUCUAAUGCACUCGAAAAAUGAAGAAAAAGAUUGGUUGUCGAUUAAAGAAAGUGGCAUCUGGAAUACACAAGAAGGUCAAAGCGAAAUCCGACCGGUAUUAAAAUUGAGUUAUGAUAACUUGUCGCCUCAUCUGAAACAAUGUUUCUCUUAUUGCUCCAUCUUCCCCAAAGGUUCGGAGAUUAGAAGGGAAAUUCUUAUUCAUUUAUGGAUGGCGGAAGGGUUCUUUGAGCCAUCGUCUAAUAUUGUUGGAAAUGAACGAUCGAUGGAAGAAAUUGGAGAAGAAUUUUUUGAUAGCUUGCUGUGGAGCUCAUUUUUGGAUGGGGUGAAAAAGAAUGAGUUAGAUGACAUAGUUACGUGCAAGAUGCAUGAUCUUGGACGAGACGUUGUUGGGAAUCGUGAAUGUGCAAGUGCAAAUAUAAGUUAG